GUGCUCAUCCGCGAUCGAUUAAAAGUUGGCAAAUUUUCACAGCGCAGCAGGCACGCGCUUCGUCAGUCCGAAGAAAUUGUACAAUUUCAAGUGUUAAAUUGAUUUGAUUCCAGCUGAAACUGUGCAAAUUCUGCUCUGGAUCACAGUGGUCGCAAGUACGGCAGGAAGCAACGGACGUUCGUCCAGCGCUUGGUGUGCAGCGUCAGGAGAGAGCGGCUGGCUGUACGGUGGCGGUAGAGAGUAGGCGGGAAAGGGUAGAACGCCCAGCCCGCUUUCCGAAGGCGGCUCAAUACCGCCCGAAUUCAACCGCGCAUCUGUCCCAUCUGUCGUGACCCGGUGCAGCCCAAGGGCACCUCCUGCGCAGUGAUGGACCAGGCGGCGGCGAAUGCCGAGGGCCGGGCGAAGCAGAUCGAGAAAGAAUACCUGUCCAGUCUGGCCGACCUGAAUGUCAACAGCAAACCGCUGAUAAACAUGCUGACGAUACUGGCCGAGGAAAACCUCGAGUAUGCCCAAAUCAUCGUGCACGCGGUGGAAAAGCACCUGGCAAAGGUUGCACCAGAUGUAAAACUGCCAAUACUUUACCUCGUUGAUUCAAUUGUUAAGAAUGUGGGCAAACAGUAUCAGACGCUCUUCAGUCAGGUCAUAGUGAAUAUGUUCUGCGGAGUGUUUCAAACGGUCAAUGAAAAGAUUCGUGAGAAAAUGUUUAGCUUGCGACAGACGUGGAACGAUGUGUUUCAACAGUCCAAGCUGUACACGCUGGAUGUAAAGAUCAACUCGAUCGAUCCAGGAUGGCCAAUCACUGCACAAUUGAAAUCAAAAACACCAACCGCAAUUCACGUCAAUCCUAUGUUUCUCAAAGCAAAUGGACCUGAGCCAACGAUCGCGAUGCAGCAACAAUUGAGGGAUAAGCAGCGUGAGCUGCUCGAGCUGCAGGCGCGAAAGCUGGAGCUGGAGCUUCUCACCACCAAGAAGCGAAUCAUGGAACAGGAGAAACAGUUGAGCAUCCAAACGGAGAGUGUAGCAAAAGAGCCUUCGCUGGAACUGGUCAAAUCGUUAGAUGGAGCGGGAGGUCAUCUACCAGUUCUUCCUACCAUUCCACCCCCGGGCGUGAUGCCGAAGAGCCGUAUUGCUCCCGUUACCAUGGGCAUGGUAAACAUGGUCAAGACACGCGAUCCUCGGUUGGCGAAGCAACAGGCCGCCGCUCAGCUGGGAGGACCUCCGUCAACCGUGACAGCCGGCAUGAAUAAUCACAACGCGGCGCUAGGUGCAAUGGCGAUACCUCCGCCCGCUAUGACUUCUGGCUUGAUGGAAGCUUCACAUCACGGUGCGACUUCGGCGAAACAAUCUUCCGCUCUUGCACGGGACAAUUUCGGUGCAAAAAAUCGCCGACCCGAGGCUAGUGGUGUGGAAAGCACCAGAUCGGAAUCGUCUACGCAAGGUGAAGGAGGUAGCAGCAGCAGUGCACGUGGCAAGAAACAUACGCCAUCUUCCACAGCCAGCAUUAGUUCUGCUUCUUCGCACAGAUCGCGGCACGAUAACGAUGCAAAGGUGCGAAAGGACCGCAAGGAACACUCUUCAUCCUCAUCGUCUACAAGCAGUAGUAGAUCGUCGACCAAAGGCGGUAGCAAGACGGGCUCUUCCGCACGGUCCGGCAGCAACAGCGGGUCCGACAAGCGGAAACAACGCACCCAAAGUAACAGUGACGGUGGGUCGCCCCAUGGUCGCAAAUCACCUCACUCGCCUGGAAAGAAGAAAUCUUCAUCUUCGGAGAAAUCUUCAUCCUCUGGUCAUUCGCAAAACGACAACAGCCCAAAAGCAGGCGGGAAGUCGCGACCGGAAAGCAAAAGCUCUUCGGAAAUGCAUGCCCUCAGUGGCAAACAACCAUCGGCUCAACUUGCGCGAAACAACAACGUCGAAAGCAAAAAGCAUCAGCAUCCUGCCGGCGAGGCAGCAGCCUUCGAGGACCGGGACGUUGACUUGCGCUACGGCGUUCCUCAGAAACGGAUCAAGAUCGAUGAGCCGGUGGCCGACGGUCUUUCGGUGGCGAAGGAGGCAGACGAAAUGGUUGUGACGAUGGUGGGGCAAAAAUCGUCGGAAGUACAAAGUAAGAGCGACAUUCAUAUUUUCCUAUUAUUUAGUACCCCAACCGGUAUGAGUGUGUUGAUGUUCGAUAAACUAUACAGCUCGUUGCAAACGGUAGUUGCUCUGUUCGGGAGUGCAAUGCGCGAAAGGUCGGGGGAGGGAUAUAAUAGUGCAACAGACGACGAAGAAGCUCUUUCGGCCAUGAUUGCUAAAGAUAUCGAUUUACGAGCAAUUCCUCUGCAGUUGCUAACGCCAAAACUAGUGCCGGAGCUCGAGAGUUCUCUCGCCGGAACCAAGGGCGACGCGUCCGGUUCGAGAUCGUCGAAGAUGGAAUCUCCGUCCAAGCGAUCUGAAGAACUGGACGAUGGAGAUGAAUUCUCAAGCGGAAAGAAGCGAAGCAGUCCCAUCAACUCGGACGAACCGAACGCUAAGAAGAGCAAGGCAGAAAUGAUAGAUGCAUUGUUCGGCAAUGAAGAUGUCGAUCUUCGACAGUUGCCGAUCGGAGGCACUCUAUUGAUGGGUGAUGACGCACGAGAUGUAGAUUUUCCAAAGAUGGAAAACGCUGUCAAUAUGCCUAGAUCUCCACUUUCGGAGAAAACCAACAGCAAUCACGGUGCAAAAGGACUUGAAAAGGACAAGCUUGGCAGACCUCUGUUGUACAAUAAAUUACCAGAUGAUCCUAUCGAGCGACGACGAUCCAUCGUCUCCCUUACCAAACCAGGGGACAUCGAUCAUCGGUUUCCGCAGCAGAGCCUUCAUCAUCACGACGCGGCAGAUGAGGACGACAAUUCGAUGGACAGUAUGAACGCCAACAUUAAAACCAUCAUCGCGCAGGCUCAGGAUCAGAUGGAAAAGGGCGAAAUUACACCCGAGCAGUAUAACAUCCUGAUGAAGCAGGUGAUUCAGCUGAACGAGACGCAAAAGAUUCGUCAGGCGCAGCGCAUCGAGCACGUGAAGCGGCAGGAUCAGUCGGUGAUUCGGAUCGACGAUAAUGGGUCGAUGAGCGGCGAAGACGAUGUGAUCGUAACGUCCGUGACCCCGGCGACGCCCGGCCUGUCGUCGAUGCGGCUAAACGAUCCGAAGGAUAGCAGCUCCGGCAUCGUAAAUGAUUUCCGAGGUAAAAUACAUCCGAUUGACGGAAAGCCUCCACUAGUCAAGCCCUUCGAAGGAGCGCCGUUCGCCGUUAUCGGUAUUCCGCCCACGUCCGUUCCGCCACCUGAUAUCCGUGCCCAGCGAGAUCCACGAAGAAUACGUGAAUCGAAAUGGAAUCGGGUAGAGCCUGGUCCAGGCCCUGCUUGGGCCAACCGUCCCGUUGGUCCGAUCGUUGGUGGACCGAUGGUGGUGGCACCUCCGUUAGGCGGUGGAAUUCGUCCCGGACUGGCGGUACCAAGCCCGUGGGAGCAGGCACCGUUCCCAGUAAUGGCGGACGGUAUGUCCCGAUUCCCGGCCCCACCUGGUCCACUGCCGCUGGGCGUGCUCGGAGGCUUGGCUCCCAACAUGCUGAAUCCGGCCCUGCCCAAGCUGAACGACAGCGUGCGUACGAUCAAUAUCGAUGGCAUCCAGCGGGAGAUUCGGUUCUACGAGGAAAUAGCCGUCAUCUUCAUGAACUGGGACGAGCCGAAGGAGAUCGGUUUCCAGAAGGGUGCGCGCAUGGUGGUGGUCGAUGAUAGGGAAACGUUCGAGCUGGGUUUUAACGAGCCCUACAAAUCGGUCAGCAUUGAGAAUAAAGUCUAUCAGAUGCGUUUGGGGGCGCCGACGAGGGAGCUUUACAUCGAUGACUCCUGGCAUGAGUGCUACUUCGGCGACCAGCCCACGACGAUCAUGCUGGACGGCAAGCCGAGAGUGUUCAAAAUCGCGGGCCCGGCGCCGCAGGUGAAGAUCGGCGACAGUCGCAAGGAUCUUGUCGCCGGCAAAAUUAACAUGAUCGUCGACGCGAAGUACAUGAUACCGGUGUUUCUCGACUGCAAACCGCAAGUGUUCGAGGUGUACGGCGUGAUGCAUCGGCUACAGUUUGCGGACUUUCUGCUGACGGUGCUGAUCGACGAGCAGCCCUUCCCGGUCGACUACGGUGGGCUGCCGAUGGUGGUGCGAUCGCGUGACCGCGAUUACUACAUCCGGUUCACCGCGCUGCCGAACCUGGUGGUGCCGGGGCGGGUCUACAUCCGUGACAUGAUACGCACGCCCCUGUACCGGGACCUGCGCACUCCACCGAAAGAUCCUAGCGCGCUCGAGCCACCGGUGCCACUUAAUCCACCUUUUGCUCCUCCCACCACUGCACCGCCCGCACUGCCCGGAGCGGCCGGUUUGGGUUUCGGAGGAAUCAAUACGCUGCCGCCGGGCGCAAUCGGCCCUCGGCAUCCGGGACUGGCGGGCGCGAACGCAACCUCCACCGGGCUCGAUUACCUCACCAAUCUGAUGCCCUCGAUGGCCAUGCAAACGGGGGCGGCAGCGGGCAAAAAUGGUCCCGGCUAUAGGAUAGAAGCGGACGAGAAGGCAGCCGCCGCUGCAGGAGUGGGAGCUUCAGCAGCGGCCGGCUCUGCGCCGGGCUCUGCGCACCAGCCAAACGCGUCCGCCGCCGUCGGAGGACUGCUGGCGAACAUCAAUGUGGAAGAAUUGUACAAAAAGAUAGUUGCCGCCGGCAUUAUCACGAAGCUCGGGGCGGGCACAUCAUCCUCGCCGACACCGCCACAGGCUGCGGGGGGUGAGGCGGGUGCCGGUACGUCCGCUGGCGGCAAGGACGGGAAAGAGGACGCUAGCAAAUCCAAAGACAAGGAUAAAGCACCCAUUCCAGAGAUUGAGCCAGUGCUGCUGGACAAGCCGGAAACGAUCAAGAAGCGCCAAGCGGCCGUCGUACACCAGCUGUUCUCGGGCAUGCAGUGCAGCAGUUGCGGCGUACGGUUCCCGCCCGAGCAGACGAUGAAGUACAGCCAGCAUCUCGACUGGCACUUCCGGCAGAAUCGGCGCGAUCGAGACUCGGCCCGGAAGGCGCACUCGCGCAAGUGGUACUACGACGUGUCGGACUGGAUCCAGUACGAGGAGAUCGAGGACCUGGAGGAGCGCGAGAAGAACUGGUUCGAGACGCAGCAGACCGACCAGGGCGAGCUUAAGAAGGGCGGCGCCGGCGGCGGAAUGGGCCUGGGCGGCAACGACGGGGAUGACUUUUCGUCGCACGACGAUGCGCCGCAGCCGAGCUGCCCGGCCGGACUGGACGAGAGCGACCGGCAGUGCCACAUGUGCCAUGAUGUGUUCGAACACUUCUACAACGAGGAAACGGAGGAGUGGCAUCUGCGCAACGCGAUCCUGGUCGAUGGCAGCACGUACCAUCCGCUGUGCUACGAGGACUACAAGGCGUCGCUGACGAUGACCGAAACGACGCUGGGCAAUGGGACGCUCGGUGCGUCGUUGGAUGAGAGCCAGAAGACUGAUGAAGCCAUGGACACGAGCGGCGCGGCUGGCGAGGCUGGCGAGGAUGGCGAAGCCGCUGAUGGGGCAGGAAAAUACAAAUCAAAAGCUAGCAAAAAGGGUAAGCUGACGAGCGGAGAGUUCGAUGACGACGAUGUGAUCGUGUUACCUGCCGUGGAGCCCGUCGUGGAGGAAAUCCUCGACGAUGAUGAGCAAGCGGCUGAAAAGAAGGAAGGCGAUGCGGUGGCGGCCGAGCAAUCCUCCACGGUGGACGAAGCAAAGAGCGUCGCCGGAAGUGCAAAAUCCCCGCGGCCCGAGUUCCAGGAGCGUCAAAUCGACGAGGACCUGUUCAUACAGGAGCCCAACAUUGAGGUGACGGAUCUGGACACGAUCGAGGACAAACCGCCGGGUGAGUCGGGCGAAGGGGCGUCCAAUGGCGGCCAGGAUCCGAGCUCGCUGUCGUCGUUGCUGCGCGUUAAGAUCAAGCAGGAACCGAAGGAGGAGGACGAUGCCGACGAAGAGGAUGCACUAUUCGAGGAGGUCGGCACGAUCGAGUCCAGCCUGGUCGAAGUGGCGGAACGUUCUCCGGCCGCCAACAAUGCUGCUGAAGAGGAGCCGUACGAAGACGUUAUCGCUGAAAGCAUUCCAUCACCAUCAGAAUCGUCCAACCAGAUGGGCAUUGUGGCGCAACCAAAGGCAACGAUCGAUGGCAACGUCGAUCUGCAGGAUGCGCCACAGUCGGCCACGGUUGUGCCGAACAAGAUCAAAAUCAACAUCACGAAGGGUAAGGCCCAACAGCAGCAGCAGCAGCAGGCGGCAGCAGCAUCGUCCAACAACGACGGUGAGCCUGGCGAUGGUGGAAGCAACGGUGUAAAUACGAAUAAUUUUAAUGAAGAUAGCCAAGGGGUCGAAGACGAGGCGAGCAAUGACGGUGGCGGCGCUGGCGGCAGUUUGGAAGAGCGGGACGAGAAGAACGGUGCCGAACAGUCCAAUAAUAAAGAAUCGUCGACCGUGGCGACGCUGCCGUUGGCGGCCGAUGCGGUCGCUGAGGUCGCGUUCGAAGAAACCACUGAUGUUGCGUAUGAGCUGAAGGAAGGCCUACUGGGCAUCGAGUUAAACAGGCGGCCACGGGUAACGAGCGGUCUCGAAGCGUCCGGGCUCUGCUCGAUCAUGUAAAUAACGGAACGCAACGCAAUGUAACGCGCGCUCUCGCUCACGCAGCAUCACUCGCGAUGGUGGGUCACCCCCGAAAGGAAUCGAUGCAUCUGAAAUUGUCCCCACUUGUUUGCUGCCAUUGGAGUGCCCAGAUGUUCGUGUUCGGGUAAUCUUUCUGGUUGCUUUUGCAUGUCGAUCUUUUUUUUGUUUUCUUUUACCAUACUCUCUCUCUCACCAUCAUCAACCCUAAUCGCUUACGGUUUACUAGGUUUAGUAGGAUUUGUAAUUUAGCAUUUAGCCUUAUGUGCGUUCAAGAAAAGGGAUUGUGUUUGAAAAAGGUUGGGCGUAGUAGGCGGGUAACUGGAAGGCCGAAGUUGGUACACUAGUCAAGUACACACCAACUCAAAAGCGGGAAUACAAACAAACAAAAAACAAAAAAAAAAACAUUUGAUAAAAUCUGAACUAUUGGUGGAGCUCUGCGCGUCGUCUUGAGGGAACCGUUUUCUUUCUGAUUUGUUCCAGCAGUUACAAUUAAGUAUUUUUUCUAUAUUCUCAAACCUCUAUGAACGCAACAUGAACUCCAUGGGAUUGGUGGAACUUAGUUUCGUAUUUGAAAUGGUUAACCGCAACACACACACGCAUACAUACACAUAUCGUUAGAAAGGAUGGACGCCGUUGCGAAUGUUUGGUUGUUUUUUUUUCUUCAGCAUUUGGAAUGAAUUAGAAUAUAGUGAGCGCGCCCGCUUCAUUGCCCUUUGUAUGGUCAGCCAAACAAAAAAAGAGCAUAACGCCGGUCCGACUACGGAGAAGAAGAAGAAGAGAGGGACAGUUUCAAUAUGCAUCGGGGUCGGGUCGCGGUGGUGAAUCGGAAGGGUGGGGGUUUGUUGUUGCCUGUUUUUGUGAAACCACACACUGCGCGCGAACGACAUCAUCCGGACCGGAUGGAUGGAUGGAUGGAAGGAUUUAUCGAAAUGAAAUCAAUAAAGCAAGUGAAUUUGCCAGUCAUAUGAAGAAAAUGGAAAGUAUUCGUUGAGAA